GAAGAAAGGAUGUGUUGUUAAAGUCUUCUACCAGGCCCUGAGUGGCUGUUGUAGUUUCCUGUGUGUCAGACUUCCAGUAAUGAUAAACGUCACUUUUACCUCCCCAGGCAUUCACAGUGUGUGUCAACACGCUUUCUUCUGACACUAAACGGCAUCAAGACCAAACCAAGGAGUACGUUCAGAGAAAUACAACGGUAUGUUACUUUUAUCAUGAUAUAAUGAGACAAACGUUUUUUAACCUCUUUCCUACCUCCUUAUUAACACUUAAGACAAACACGUUUUGUGCUUUGAACUUUUGACGUGUCCAAUGUUAAGGGGACAAUUUAGUAUUUGUGUUUCUCAACUAUCUUAAACCCAUGAGUAUAUAAUCCAGUUGCCCCUAGACACUAAUCCAAGGUCAAUCUGACAGGUACCCCCCUAAUGGAUAGGGUGAGGAUUUGAUGUAUGUCAGCUGGUCCUAGAUCUAUACCUCAGAAAACCUCUACAGCAGCUAUAAAGCCCAGGGAAUGACAUGAUUAAAAAAACUACUAAAGGCUACAUUAGAAAACCUGAUAGAAAGUAUGUAGAACAAAAAAUACUAAAUAUGUGGCCCUCUGUUGAAUUUUGAUGUCCUGAUGUGCCUUGAGUUGUUGCCCAUCCGUGAUGUAGAAGGACAGUUACAGUUUUUUUUUUCUCCAAUUGCUUUGGUUCAAUUUUCACAAGAAUGUGAUACAUUUUCACAACUCUUGGUACAAAAUUCAAAACAGAUCAUCAAAAAUGUAGUUGUUUCAAAACUCUAAGCACAUUUUCAAUUGUCUAAGUACAACACACAAAAUCAUACAGUCACUUUUUCACCAAACUUAAUCAGUGUUUCAUCUAGAAAUUCACAUUGCAAAGCAUGUUCAUAUAAAGUAAUUGCCUUUCACAAUGCAAUGCUUACAUUCAUUUUGACAUGAUUCUCUUCUUAUAUGUUAAAUACAUUUUUCUGUUACUUAAUCCCACUGCUCUUAAUUGAUAAUCACUUAACCAUUUGUUAAACCUAUAGAUUUUAAACAGGUUUUCCUACUAAAGAUUUUGAGAACUACAUAAUGAAAAUGUAUGUCUAAAGUAGAAACAUAUAAAGUAUGAUAUAUACUGUUAUGUACUAUUAUGAUUAUGACUAUUCUGAUUUUACUUCACAGUAAAAAAAUAUAUAAAUAAUAAUCUGAUAUUGACAAGAUCAGAGAUAUACUGUAUGUAACAAAUGCAUCCCCUAUACAGUAAACACGCAUCCAAAAUGAAUUUGCUGGGGUCUUUUUGAUACAGUACUGUAAUACCAUAAUAUGUGCCAUUUACAUAGCAGACGCUUUUAUACAAAGUGACAACAGAGAGUCCACACAUUUUCAUAUGUGACCCAAGAGGGAAUCGAACUUACAACUCUGGUGUUGCUAGUGCCAUGCUCUUAUGAACUGAGCCACAUACAAGACCACUACAAUACAUAAGUACAAUACAAUACUGUAAAAUACAAUACUGUAAAAUACAAUACAUGAUUACAAUACAGGUGGAAGAUGUAUGAUUACCAUUGCCAUUAGCAUACCACCCUCCUCCAAUAGGUUUUCCCCCAGGAGCGUGAAUAAUGAGGACAUUAAAUGCGAUGUCGAUAAGAACCUAUGGCCAAAAGCUCAAGAUAGGCUUGAUGCAAACUACUGCCUGCUAAACAUUAUGUUUAUUUAAUUUGUUUAAUUUGAUUACAGUAAUUUGAAUAUUUGCAUCAAUUAUUGUGGAAAAUGUCUUCAAUGAUCACACCUUUGAAAGGAUGGAAAUGUUAUGUUCAGUCAAUUGUAAGGGUAGUGCAAGUAUUUUGCCUAAUGUGAAAACAGUGUAAUGUACUGUCAUUUACAGUACUGUAGCAUAUUACAUUCAAAGGGCAAUUUUGAAACAUGUGUCCUGCAUUUUAUUGCUAUUGGAUUAAUUGGUUGUUAAAACAACUAAAUUGAGAAGAUAUCAUUAUGUUGUGUUUUGGUGAUUAAAUCAAUGUUUUCAUGGUAAUUCACAGUAAACUUAUAUUUUGGAUCAAUGGUUGUGUGAUGAAAGAGGUCUUAAAAAAAAAAAAAUGCACUUGAAUUUUUUUUUUGAAUAUGAGACUUGAUGCGUUACAAAUGUUACCAGUUUGGGGUUUUGUACUACGAAUUUUGAAAAUUCACCACAUACUUGUGACAUAGCACCAAACAGAUAAAAAACAAAAACAACUGAAUGUCCAUGACCAUAUAAGCUCAUCAGGUCUGAGUGAAACUGCCGAAGUGGUCAUGUUUUUAUCAGGGUGUUAUAUCUGUGUGUGUCUGUGUCUCUCCCUCACAGGUUUGUUAUGGUGCUAUGUCCAGUGUUCACACUGCUCUGGGUCUGUGCUGUGGCACUGCAUUCCCUUGGGAGCACAGAGAGAGGUGAGUGAUAAAUGUGUGUUUUAUCAGUAUCUAUCUUAAAUGUGUUUACCCUGCAGUGUAUGUGUGCCUUACUGAGAUCUAUUUCUGUGUUUAUGUCUGACAGUAUCCCAAACGACUGAGCCAAGUGUCUCUAGGAGCACAGACCCGAUGGCUGAGACAGUUACUUUAGGGCCAGUCGAGACCCAAAGCCCUGAUACACACACACACCAGAGCCUAGAACCAGACCAGAGCCUGGUACCACUUCCCUCAGACCCCUGUCAGGAUGACGAUAUGGACGGAGAGGUGAGAUCAUUAUGAUGAUCUGAGGUCUCUGUGAUGAUGGGUCUGUCUUAAACCAACUCAGAUUGACAGAUUUACAGAUUCUCUCUCUCUUUCUUUCUCUCAGAUGGUGUACCAGAGGGAUUCUUAUGGUGUUAUGCAGCUGGUUCAGAGAGAGGACUACGAAAAAACGUGCAACCUAUCAGACAGUAAGACACAUGCACAAAGACACAAAGACACACUCACCCAGGUGCACACGCAUGCACACUCACUGAAUCCUGUCUGUAACUUUAGGUGGACUGGCCCACUGUCUUAUCUACCCAACCAAUCAACUCAACUGCUCCUGGAAAUUCCAUGGUCUCCCUAACGACCGCCAAUCCUAUGCCUCCGUCUUGUAAGCCCCUCCAACAAUAUCCAAGACACACAGAAACUAAAAGGCUUAACAAUUGCAAUAGAACAAUCUUGUCAAUUCAUAGGCUAUUACUGUGUAAUUAUCAUUUUACUGUAUAAUAAAAUGCUAAUCUCAUUUUAGUACAUGACACCCACCCUCAAUCAAGGUGUUUGCUUUAAGCGUGGCUCUGUGUGUGUGUGUGUGUGUGUGUGUGUGUGCGUGCGUGUGUGUAUAUGUUUGAAUAUCAGUGUGUGUAGGGAAACUGAGAGGAUCUCCAAUGUGGAUUGUGUCACUGAGGCCAUAGGAGGCCAAGGAGCCCAGGGAGGGACUGGUAACGCUGACCGUGUGGUUGGACAUGUGUCUGCUGGGUGCCAAGGCAGUGUGGACAACAGCGUCACCUCGGUGAUCCUGACUUUCAACGUGUCACGCCCUGACGUGUGGUGCAUCUACACCCAUAAAUACCACACCAGAGAUAUUGACGUGCUGCGCCCGCCAACCAACAUCACUGCCUGGAUCAGAGAAGGGGUUCUACUGGUGCAGUGGGGUCUCCCGUCCAGCCGGUUUAGCACCAAACCCAGCUGCUUCCACUACCAGCUACAGAUCAAUGGCCAGGUAAUUAUACCAGAGAAAGAGAGAGAGAGACAGUCGUGUGCGUGCGUGUGUUUAGCGGUGGCCCCGUUUGUUAAGAGGCUGUCUGUAUAUGUGUAUUGUAAGGUGAGCGACCUUGAGGAGCGACUGACAUACAGUGAGACCAACGCAGACCCCACACAUUCAUACGAUGUAAGGAUGAGGGUGAGGAAGAGUAGUUACUGCAGAGGAUCUCAACACUGGAGCAGCUGGAGCAACACCAUCAGUGAGUCUGCAGUCAUCAGUAUUAUAAUCAUAUCUGCUUGUCAAACUCAAAGCGCUAACUGAAGCAAAAACAACGACAGUAACAUAGAAAAUCUCAGAAUAAUAAAAUAUGUGAGAACCACUGAAUGCUUUACAGUGCUAAAAAACACAUUUCACUGUCUUUUUCCAUCUGCUUGUUAUGUUUACACCAUUGUGUGUGUGUGUGUGUGUGUCAGAGGUGGCACCGUUUGAAUCACCCAAUCAGCUGAACUCUCUGGUGGUCGCUGCCAUCGCACUGGGAAUACCCAUGAUCCUCCUGUCUCUGCUGCUGCUGAUUCGACUCCAGAGGUAUUCUGUUGUGUUCAUGGAAUUGUAUUGAGAGGGAGGGAGAGAGAAAUGGAGUGAUGAAGAGAGCAGGAAAUGGAGAGAUAGAGAGAAAGGGAGAAACCAAAGGUGAAACACAGAGAAAUUGACAGAAGGAGCGAGAGAGAUACAGAAAUGGAGAGAGCAAGUGAGAGAUUGAGAGAGAAGAAAAUGGAGAGGGGAGAGAACAGAGAGAAACACAGAUACAUUUACAAAAGAAAGAGAGAGAAACAGACAGACAGACAGACAGACAGAGAAACAGACAGACAGACAGACACACACACAGAGAGACAGAGAGACAGAGAAACAGAGAAACAGACAGAAAGAGAAACAGACAGACAGAGAAACAGACAGACAGAGAGAGAAACAGACAGACAGACAGACAGACAGAAACAGACAGACAGACAGAAAUAGACAGACAGACAGAGAAACAGACAGACAGACAGAGAAACAGACAGACAGACAGAGAAACAGACAGACAGAGAAACAGACAGACAGAGAAACAGACAGACAGAGAGAUAGAAACAGACAGACAGACACACAGACAGACAGACAGAGAGAAACAGACAGACAGACAGACAGAGAAACAGACAGACAGACAGAGAGACAGAGAAAGAUAAACAAAGAGAAAGAUUAAUGGAAUAAUAGAAUAAGUAUUAAUGGAAUAAUAGAAUAAGUAUUAAUGGAAUAAUAGAAUAAGUAUUAAUGGAAUAAGUGAUGAUGUGUUUGAUUUUAGCCUCUGACCACAGACCACACACAUUUUCACUCUGAAACGGAACUUCCUUCAAACAAGAGGUGGAAAACACCCUUUAUUCUUAGAAAACAAGAGAAAGGGGAAAACAUAAAUGCGUCAGUGAUUGCACAGUAACUGGCACAGUACCCCCCCCCCCCCCCCCAAAAAACAAACCAAACUAGAAUAGUCCUAGUAAACAAAAUGACGUUGAAAUUAUGUUUAAAAAAAAUAUGAAUUCUCAAGACGUUGAAGUUAGGUUCAAUUUAGGUUCUGUAUGAAAGGUGAAAAGUUAUUUUCCAGGACUUGCAUAUUUUCCGACGUUGAAAAAUACGUAUUUUCCGGAUGUUGAAAUCAGGUUCAUUUUUGGUUCUGAAUGAAAGUUGAAAAUACUUACUUUCCAGAUAUUGAAAAUACGUAUUUUGCAGACGUUGAAAAUAUCUACUUUCCGGAUGUUGAAAUCAGGCUCAUUUUUGGUUCUGAAUGAAAGUUGAAAAUAAGUAAUUUCUAGACGUCUAUGUUUGGGCAAAAUCAAGGCGGGUCCAGACCGGACCAAAUCUGAACCAAACAUAGACGUCUAUGAUUGGUUCAGAUUUGGUCCGGACCGGACCAAAAAUCAAUGUCCGUUGAUGUGGAAAUCAAAGCCGGUCCGGACUGCACCAAAAAAAGACAUCCAAAAGACGUCGGCGUCGGUCCGUGCUUACUGAGGUGUAGCCUACAGUUUUGCCUGAAAUGUAAUUGUAUGAAUUCCCAUCUAUGUGGUAAGCCUACCGUUUGUAAAACACCAAAAAAAGACGUCCAAAAGAUGUCGGCUCGUGCUUACUGGGGUGUAGCCUACCAUGUCAGCCCCAAUGGAAUUUUAUGAAUGCCAUCCAUGUGGUACGACCACCGUUUGUAAAACAGGCCGUUACAUUGGCUUUAUUAGUCCUGAUUCCUGUGACUAAUCAAUUUGGCUAUUUAAGCUCUGAAAUCAGCUACCCAACUUUAUCAGGAGUUAUCGUGAGCCUAUUUGCAAUGUGUUUACACAGCGGGAAAUGCAGAAGUAUUUUCUUUUUCGCUAUGAUCAGCUUGUCAAAAAUGUACGCCUACAAACUUGAAACCACUGAUCAUGACAAUGGGGUGAAACUCCUGGACAACAGUUGUGAUUGUCCAUUCCAUACUGUCCAUUUUACUUUGACCUGUCCUGUUUUAAGGAUAUGUUGUUUGUUAACAUGACAGCACAUUUUGUAUUUGAUUGAGUGCCAUUUAGGUUAGGUUAUUUUAUGGGAGAAACCUGCAUGAUGUAAAGUGUCUGUCUCAUUCCAUUGUCAUACAUUUUAUCUCCAACCUGUAGGCUACAGAAAAGGCCACAUACUCUUUCUACCAUAUCCUAUAUCUGCUACAUGAUUUAUGUUAGAUUAGUUUUUUGACGGAACGUUGGUGGAGCGCCGCACCGAUUCGUCUCUCUAACAGCACCCUGGAGAGGCACACUGGGAAUGGACAAGCUAAAUAUUUUGCGGCCCCUGCCUUUGCCAAAGUGGGCACUGCUUAUCACAGGGCGGCAUCAGCUCUCACCUAAAACGCCCAUAUGCCACUAGUUGAGAGAAAUUGUCACGGUUUUUCGGCAGAAUUAUGUGAGGUUUUAAAUGUUGUUGUUGGAGGUGCGUCUUGUUCAGUUUAGCUCAGAAAAUGCUACCCUCGUCAAUCUGCCGCCAUAGACAGCCACCUGAUCCUGCCUAAUGAGCGGGCCGGCUGUGGCUAUGGUAUUAGUGGUGUGAUUCCCUGGCUGCUGACUGACUGUGGUGAGUGUGUGUGUGUGUGCGUGUUUCAGGGAGCGUUUGUUUCCCCACAUCCCUGGUCCCCCACUGAAGAUUAAACACCUCUUGGAGAGAGACGACCAGUUUCAGGUGAAUAAACAAACCCACACACAGCUAAGAAACAUUUGUUAUGUUUACUUGGUGAUUCACAAGAAAACUACCAUAUCAUAACCCCUCUCGUGGAAUUAAAAAAACAAUGUUCUCCCUUUGGUUUGUACAGUUUGUCCCUCAGGCCCUGCCGUCCAAAUGUGUUGAGGAGAUCACAGUGGUGGAGGAAGCUAAGGAAACACCUGUGAAUAUGGCCAGUUAAACAAGAUGGCCUGUUUAAAGCCCAAUCAUCCUAAACCCCUAGUCUCGUGGGCCGAUCUGUAAGGAGGAUCCCCUUAGCCUAUCAGAGGGCAAGAUGCAGUCAUUACCAUUUGUUAAUACCGAUCCAAUCUUUUCA